AUGCGUGUGCUGGUGCAGUAUAAUGAUGAUCCGGGCUGGACACACGAAAGGUUGUUGCUGUGGCCGAACUCGUCCGAUCAGGCUUCGUGGGUGGUGUGCGCUGCUGGCAAUGACUUGAACACGGAGGUGCUCGAGGACUACAGCAUGAUUGCCCAGUGGACUGGGCGGGGUCGCUAUCCCGCUGGCGUUAGGAACGUGGUGGCGUUCCGUCGAGAGCUGCAGCUGGAGGAGACUGUCAGCCUGGUGAAGCGCGGCAGAGGCGAGGCGGCCCUCGAGCUCGGCGCGGCGAGCGCAGCCCAGACGGACUACGGCCCUGCGGGCCGCCCUGCGCUGCCGUUGGCCGACGGCGUGCCGCCGCCGCCUGGGCCCCCUGACGACCGGCCGCCCGGCUCCUGGGUGCUGGCGGCGUUGGCAGGCGGCGAGGAAUUCGGGUGCGAGGUCGAGCUCUCGGCGGCGGCGAUCCUGCGGGGGCGACGCGGACUCGACAGGAACGCCGAGGGCGAGUGGGUCCCAAUGGAGUACGUGAAAAUGGAGGCGGUGGAAGGUCGAGGCGCGCCUGGUGCUGGCCUGGGCCCCGCGGGCGGGCAGGGGGACUUCGGGGCGUGUUGGGUCGACGUGGGCGAGACGGGGUCUCGCUUCGAGGAGUGGCGUAAGGUGGCGCAAGAGAGUGCGCAGGUGUGCCGCAAGAUGUGCCGCAGCGGCGGCGCGCCGAAGAUUUGCUUCCAGGGGUGGUGCAAGGAGACGGGCAUCUUGCGGCGUGAUCGCGCCUACCACGAGGCGCAGACUCUGCCGGAGUGCCUGCGCCUCGCAGGCGCGAGCGAUCAGUUGAAGCUGGGGGCGCUCGCGUCGCUGGAGGUGGUCGCCGGGGGGUUGCCGCGUUGCACCGAGGCCUGCGCUCGCGGGGCGGACCGCGCCAACUGGGGCGCGGCGAAGAACCCGGCGGGAACGUCCAACUUGGACGUGGCGCCAGAGGCUCUUCGCAGCUACGCCAGCUGGCUCAGCAAGGAGGGGCGCGAGCUGGAAGCGCUGCGUGCCCGCGCCAAGGUGGCGGAGCUGGAGAUGCAGGAGACGGAGGCCGUGUCCGAGGGCAGCGCGGGGCUGCAGGGAUCUUCGUUCUUGCCUUUGGCCCCGCUGACCGAGCUGCCGGACUGCUGGUGCGAGGGCCCCGGCGCGGCGCGGCGCCGCCGAUGGCUUCGCGACGGCCGCGCAGCCUGCGAGAGUUUGAAUUGCCUGCGCGGAGGCGCCCAUCGGGCUGAUCGCUCGCCCCCGAGCCUGGUCAGCCAGCUCGAGAUGGACGCUGCAUGGGCGGACGUGCGGCGGCGCGUCUUCUCGGCGGCCCGCCGCUGGAUUGACGUCGACAGCGCCGUCGCGGAGGAGGAAGCAUUCGCCGGGCUUCUGAAGGGCAAGGCGGGAUGCGUUCCGCUUGGCUCAACCAGUAUGGGCUCCGACGAGCGCUCGCGGUUGAGCUUGCCAGACAGCGUCGUCGACGCGCCGAGCUCGGCCACCGCGCUGCCCGUGCAGGCGAGGCUCUACCUCCGGGAGCUCGCGCGCAGAAUGCUGCUGCCGCCUAAGGAAGCCGCACUAAUGCGAGGACUUGAUGGGGUUCCUGGCUGUCAUGUCGACCCUCUGCUGCAGCGGCCGCGGAGUUAUGGGAAGUUCGCGAG